AUGGAAGACAGGGAAGCUCCAGUGGUGGAGGCUCCAUCUCUGGAGGUGGGCAGAGCUCAGGAGGUCAUGGAUCCAUCUCUGGAGGUGGGCAGAGCUCUGGUGGUCAUGGAUCAGGUUCUGGAGGUGGCAGCAGCUGUGGCAGGAGAGGCUCCAUCUCUGGAGGUGGGCAGAGCUCAGGAGGUCAUGGAUCAGGUUCUGGAGGUGGCAGCAGCUGUGGCAGGAGAGGCUCCAUCUCUGGAGGUGGGCAGAGCUCAGGAGGUCAUGGAUCCAGUUCUGGAGGUGGGAGCAGCUGUGGCAGAAGGGGCUCCAUCUCUGGAGGUGGGCAGAGCUCAGGAGGUCAUGGAUCAGGCUCUGGAGGUGGGAGCAGCUGUGGCAGGAGAGGCUCCAUCUCUGGAGGUGGAGGACAGGGAAGCUCCAGUGGUGGAGGCUCCAUCUCUGGAGGUGGGCAGAGCUCAGGUGGUCAUGGAUCCAGCUCUGGAGGUGGGCAGAGCUCUGGUGGUCAUGGAUCCAUCUCUGGAGGUGGGCAGAGCUCAGGAGGUCAUGGAUCCAUCUCUGGAGGUGGGAGCAGCUGUGGCAGGAGAGGUUCCAUCUCUGGAGGUGGGCAGAGCUCAGGAGGUCAUGGAUCCAUCUCUGGAGGUGGGAGCAGCUGUGGCAGGAGAGGCUCCAUCUCUGGAGGUGGGCAGAGCUCAGGUGGUCACGGAUCCAGCUCUGGCAGUGGCAGUAUGGAGGCAGCUCAGGCAGGAGAGGGUCCAUCUCUGGAGGAGGAGGAAGCUCAGGUCAUGGAGGAUCCAGUUAUGGCAGUGGUGGAUCCAUCUGUGGAGGAGAAGGUGGUUCAGGGUAUGGAGGAGGCUCUGGAUAUGGAGGCAGCUCAGGCAGGAGAGGCUCCAUCUCUGGAGGAGGAAGCUCAGGCAGGAGAGGCUCCAUCUCUGGAGGAGGAGGAAGCUCAGGACAUGGUGGAUCCAGUUAUGGCAGUGGUGGAUCCAUCUGUGGGGGAGAAGGAGGCUCAGGGUAUGGAGGGAGCUCUGGAUAUGGAGGAGGUUCUGGAUAUGGAGGGAGCUCAGGCAGGAGAGGGUCCAUCUCUGGAGGAGGAGGAGGAGGAAGCUCAGGACAUGGUGGAUCCAGUUAUGGCAGUGGUGGGUGCACUGGUGGUGGAGAAGGAGGUUCAGGGUAUGGAGGAAGUUCUGGAUAUGGAGGGAGCUCUGGAUAUGGAGGGAGCUCAGGCAGGAGAGGCUCCAUCUCUGGAGGAGGAGGAGGAGGAAGCUCAGGUCACGGAGGAUCCAGUUAUGGCAGUGGUGGAUCCAUCUGUGGAGGAGAAGGAGGUUCAGGGUAUGGAGGGAGCUCUGGGUAUGGAGGGAGCUCAGGCAGGAGAGGCUCCAUCUCUGGAGGAGGAAGCUCAGGUCACAUAGGAUCGAGUUCUGGUGGGUGCAUUGGAGGGGGAGAAGGAGGCUCAGGGUAUGGAGGAGGCUCUGGGUAUGGAGGCAGCUCAGGCAGGAGAGGCUCCAUCUCUGGAGGAGGAAGCUCAGGGUAUGGAGGAUCAAGUUCUGGUGGGUGCAUUGGAGGGGGAGAAGGAGGUUCAGGAUAUGGAGGAAGUUCUGGAUAUGGAGGGAGCUCAGGCAGGAGAGGCUCCAUCUCUGGAGGAGGAGGAGGAGGAGGAGGAAGCUCAGGUCAUGGUGGAUCCAGUUAUGGCAGUGGUGGGUGCACUGGUGGUGGAGAAGGAGGUUCAGGGUAUGGAGGAAGUUCUGGAUAUGGAGGGAGCUCUGGAUAUGGAGGGAGCUCAGGCAGGAGAGGCUCCAUCUCUGGAGGAGGAGGAGGAGGAAGCUCAGGUCACGGAGGAUCCAGUUAUGGCAGUGGUGGAUCCAUCUGUGGAGGAGAAGGAGGUUCAGGGUAUGGAGGGAGCUCUGGGUAUGGAGGGAGCUCAGGCAGGAGAGGCUCCAUCUCUGGAGGAGGAAGCUCAGGUCACAUAGGAUCGAGUUCUGGUGGGUGCAUUGGAGGGGGAGAAGGAGGCUCAGGGUAUGGAGGAGGCUCUGGGUAUGGAGGCAGCUCAGGCAGGAGAGGCUCCAUCUCUGGAGGAGGAAGCUCAGGGUAUGGAGGAUCAAGUUCUGGUGGGUGCAUUGGAGGGGGAGAAGGAGGUUCAGGAUAUGGAGGAAGUUCUGGAUAUGGAGGGAGCUCAGGCAGGAGAGGCUCCAUCUCUGGAGGAGGAGGAGGAGGAGGAGGAAGCUCAGGUCAUGGAGGAUCCAGUUAUGGCAGUGGUGGAUCCAUCUGUGGAGGAGAAGGUGGUUCAGGGUAUGGAGGAGGCUCUGGAUAUGGAGGGAGCUCUGGAUAUGGAGGGAGCUCAGGCAGGAGAGGAUCCAUCUCUGGAGGAGGAAGCUCAGGUCGUGGUGGAUCCAGUUCUGGUGGGUGCAUUGGUGUGGGAGAAGGAGGUUCAGGAUACGGAGGGAGCUCUGGGUAUGGAGGGAGCUCUGGAUAUGGAGGGAGUUCAGGCAGGAGAGGUUCCAUCUCUGGAGGAGGAGGAAGCUCAGGUCAUGGUGGAUCCAUCUGUGGGGGAGAAGGAGGUUCAGGGUAUGGAGGAGGUUCUGGAUAUGGAGGCAGCUCAGGCAGGAGAGGCUCCAUCUCUGGAGGAGGAAGCUCAGGUCACAUAGGAUCAAGUUCUAGUGGGUGCAUUGGAG